GGCCUGGGCUCGGCUCUGAGUCCCGGACAAGAGCAGCUCCGCUGGGGCAGCGUCCGGCCCGGCCGCUAAUCUACUGCGAUUAGUCUGAGGAUGUCCUUCCCGAGCCGAGCCUGGAGCGGCUGCCUCACCCCAGGCGAUGGCUGACAGCAGCCGGCAGCGGCCGGGCUUCUCUCUCUCCCCUCUCGCUGAUUCCACGGCCGGCCAGUGAUCCGAGGCGGAGCACCGAUUGCAAUAAAGCCGUUGCUGCGGACACCCACUCGGACUGUCCACUCGGAUAUGGAGCGAGCAGCUCCUCCAGCCAUCAGCCCCAGCCAUGGCCGCCGACUAGAGGGCAAUGACAUGAUGAAGUCCCCACCAUCCUGCCUCAAGUCUGGCAAUGUCAAAGUCUACUUGAAGAAAUGGAGCAUCUGGGACAAAUUUUACAACUUGGGCACCGAGAUGAGGAUGUCCAAACGCGGGAGGUUUAUGUUCCCAUACUGUGAAUAUUCCGUUUCGGGGCUGGAUCCCGAGAAAAACUACAUCAUGGCAAUGGACAUCUCUCCGGUGGACAACUACCGCUAUCGAUAUAAUGGGUGCAAAUGGCAGAUAAAUGGGAAGGCAACCCCACAUGUGAUGGGGAGGCUUUAUUUCCACCCAAAUGGCAGUGUUUCUGGGAAAGAGUGGAUGGUCAAGCCAGUGUCUUUUGCCAAACUCCGAUUAACCAACUGCCCUACUGCAGAAGAAGGUAAUGCAAUCCUUCAUUCAAUGCAUCGAUAUAUCCCCCAGUUGCACAUCAUUGUGGCUGAUGGAAUCAUUGAGAAGCUAAACCUGAAUGAUCCUCGGGUCUACACGUUUGUCUUUCAACAGACUGAGUUCUUUGCUGUGACAAAGUAUGAAAACAAAUUUAUCAGGCAGCUAAAACACUUCUAUAAUCCUUAUGGCACUGCAUUGCGAGAUGUAAAGACCUCAAAACAGGACGUUGCAAAUAGUCGAAGGCCUAGGAAACGGUGUGAAAAAAAGCCCCUCUUCAAUGCAGUAAAAAUCCACGGUACCACGAUUGAUCAAGAGUCUAAGGAGGAACUGAAGACAAUAAUUCCCAUAAAGGAUGGUGCAAUAAAAAUCCACGAGAAUAUGAAUAAUCAAGGGCCCAUGAAACAAAUGAGAGAAAUUAUGCCCGUCGAAAAUGUAUUGCAAAUAGAAGGGUCAUUCAGCUUUAAAGGUUCCCUGGGUGACGUAGUGGAGAUUGGAAACCUUGAGCAGAAGCUACGGGAUGAUCUGAGAUGGAAUGGGACACAUGAAAUACUUCAUCCGGCACUACAGAAAUCUGGAAUAAAAUUAAGCGACCUCCAACUCACCGAAUGUCUAAAUGUGAAGCAUUUAGGACUGGCUUCUGUGCAAAAUAUUGAAUUGAAUUCCUCUUUUCCUGUAAAUGAGUCUCAUGGAAUUCGGGAAACUGGGAUUCCAUUUAUCUCCCGGACAGGAAAAACAAAUGAUCUCACCAAGAUUAAGGGCUGGAAGCACAAGUUUAAUCUGCAGCCUGGGUCACCUGAUGACAAACUGAGUCCUUCACCUUCAAGUGCCAGCACUGCAGUUAUUAAAAAUAGAUCAGCAUUUGUUAGUGACUUGCUUGAUGAAUAUCUGGAGAAAGAAGGGAAGAUCAUUGAGCAGCAGUCACUGUUGUAUGACUAUGAGAUGCCUGAGAUUGGUUGUCAAACUCCUAUCAUGUUGGACUCAUCAUGCAACAUUCAACAAAACACUACCCGUUCACCUGACUUUGGUACACCACUGAAAAAUAAAUCUUCACAUUUGGAAAUGUCUCCCGUGUUAGAGAAGCAUUUUAGUGUUACAAACAAAGGGAUUUUCAUCAGAGACGUGCAAAGCACCAGCAUGGAUGUGAAGGCUAGGUGUAAAACACAGCAGAACAUCAACUCGGCAGCUAAAAGACCCAAAGUUCCCAGUCCAUACGCCAACACUUCAGAGUUAUCUAAUAACAAACAGACUGGAAUUUAUGCCACUUCUCCACAGAAGAAACAACUAAAAUCAGGUUCUACAAGCCUUAAGAUCGUACAGGUGGUAUCAAGUCCCAAAGGAGGGAAAAAAUCUGACAUUUCAGGAGAUCAAACUGAAGCAAUAUACAUUUCAGAUGAUAAGACUACUGAGGAGCUGGAACCAAGAUGCAUCCAAGUUGAGUCUGCUUCCCAAGCCACACUUGAACCUCCUUCAGGCAUGGAGCAUCCAUCAACAACAGUGAACCGAUCAACCACUUCAAAAGCUGUCGAAGUAAUCUCCUACUGUACUUGGAAUGAAAGUCGGGUUAAGAUAAUUAAGUUGAUCGCCGAGUGUGCUAUGGCCAAUAAACUUCCCUCAACACAACGAUUAGACAAAUAUGAGAUUCAUUUGGAAAAAAGAGACGGGACUUUGUUGUUUCCACCUAAGAAGAAUGUUGAUGUGAGAGCAACCAUUCAAAAUUUCUCAGAUUCUGAAUGUGCAUUUGAUAAGCCAUUGGUGCAGACUAUGGUGAUUGAAGCAGUGGUUGGCAACUCUGCAUUCAAAACAAAGCUGAAUCAUUUAAUAUCCAAGGUUUCCAAGAACAGUUCCAACCAACAAAUUAAUUCUCCAGUUCAUGUUGUAAUGGAUUUAGAGAAAAGUGUCUCCCCACCAGAAAAGUGCCCGGGUGAAAUGAGUUGCGAUACUACCCUGUCCAACAGUCGACUGACUGCAGAAGAUAAAGUUCAGUCAUGUCCUACAACUACAACCCAGAAAAGGGAACAAGGUGUUUCCAUUGCUGACACUACUGUGAAAAAUGUGUCCAAAGCCCCCUGUCCUUCUAUAAGAUCUGCAGUCACUACAUUCCAGAAAAUUGGGGCUUUGAGUACAUUGCUGACCAAUACAACUCCAACACCAAUUCCAAGCUGCUUUAUGAAUUCUGUUGCAUCUCAGAACAAACCCGAGACUCCAUCUACUCCUGCAACCCGCUAUCUACUGUGUAAGACCAGUCCUUCUGGAUUGUCUUCAGGUUCAACUCACUCUCUGGAUCAAGAUGGUCGUCGACAAUGUAUUGCUGUCCCAAACACCUUGAAGCUACAGCCAGGAGAAAAUCUAAUGCUUCAGCCUAUUAAGGCAGCUGAUGGCCGACAGUUAUACAAACACUCCAGUGGGAAGAUAUUCCAGCUAGUUUACACAAAGACUCCAGAACAAACUCCAGUGCAACAGCUCAAUGUUCCUCAAUCACCCAUUCUAGGAACAUCUCCACUGGUUGAAAUCCUCACAUCUACAGCUACUACUUUGGUAGGUGAUGCUAACACUCCUCAUUGUAACAUAGCUGCUACAAGUUCAGAACGGUGUACCAAGACUGGUUCAUCAGAAACAAGUGUUGGGGGAGGUUUGCACACUUCCACACCUCUGUGUGAUGUCACCUGUGGUUCAACAAAGCCACAACUUAAGAGUACCCCUACAACUUGGAAAUUGGUGGAUCAAGUUUCUCCACUCCAGUCACUACAUAUACUUCCAGAGACCACCACACAGAAGGCUGGACAACACAACAGACCAUACAGUAUCAUUCCUUUGGCUGAUUGUCAAUCAAAAGCAAAUGUUGAUGAAUUACACAAUGACAUGUUUGACUUAAAAAUGGAAAUGGAUCCGGUGAAAUCUCCUGAACCAGAGAAAUAUGAUCAAAGAGUUUCUGUUAGAACCUUUCCUAUCAAAAGUAAGACCAUUACAGUCACUGGAGCUUACGAAGCAAAAUGGACACCAGAGAAUAGUAGAUUUGCAGAGAAUCACAAAAGGACAGAUAGCACAGAAAAAAAUAAACAUGAACGUAAUGUAGACAAGCCCAGUGAAGCCCAUAUUAAGGUUGAAAAAGAUUUGCCAGUAAUAAAUGCAGGUGAGCUCAUCGAUCCCAAUGGCUCUGAAAUCUGCACCGUGACCAUAAAAGAGGAGCCUUUGAAUGAUGAGGAAGAAGACGAUGGCUUUACUGCUUUGAGAGAAGAGUCCUUUAGAAGCUCCAAGUUCUGGAACCGUUCAUUCAAUUUAAAUACAGAAGCUGUGACUGAAGCAGAGUUAGGUGUGCAGACUCAUUCAAAUAGUAGAAGUAGAGAUGGAUUUGGAAACCUGGUAUCGCAAUCAAGAAUUCCAAGCAAUUCAUUAAUUGUCAAUAACCUCACUGUACCACACAGGGGGUUUUUCCAGAAUCCACAAUCAUUCAGCCACUUGACUAAAAGAAAGGUAUUUGAGCCUUCUAUACUAUGUGAAGCUAGAAAAAAGGCAAUAUUACACAACUUGAGAGAACGAGAGUCACGCAGGAUGAUGGAAAAUCGUUUUAAAAUACUUAAGAACAAGCUUUUUGAUGACAAACAAAUUGCUUCAAAGGGUGCCAUCCUUGAUGAGGCCAUUGAUGUAAUCACUAACUUGGAUAGGCAGUCCAAAAAUCUAACAAUGGAGAAAGAACUACUUUUGGGUAAACAAAAGAUCCUGUUAGAAAAGAUCUCACUCUUAUCUGCAGAAAUGGGACCUGUUGUAACACAAGGUGGCAUUGAAGCUGGUGAAAUAAUUGAAGCAAGUGAUGCAUUAAAUUUCUUAAGUGGUGGAGUCCCCUCUUCUCAGAAUUCCUUUGGAAUGAAAUGGUUUCCAGAAGAUAGUCCUUUGGAUGCUUUGGCUGAUCACAGGGGAGAUUGUGGAGAAACUGUGAAAUGUGAGGUGAAUUCAACCAGCUCUGAUGAUAUAGUUGCUGUCAAGGUUGGUGACUACUUCAAUGAGAAAUAUAACAGUGAACUGGACUAUUCUGGUGGCACCAAUGUCUUUGCAGUGAAAAGCGAAGAGAAUUUUAGCCAAGAAGAUUGCUCCACUGUCAGUUCAGUAAAUGAAGAAUGUUCUGGAAGUUCCAAGUUCUGUAGCUUUUCAGAUUUCAGCACUGAUAUGGAAGCUUUGAAUAAAAUGAGCAUGGAAGCACUGGGGUGCAGUGAGCCACCUAGGAGUUGGAUAGCCAACAGGACGGCAACACCACAUACACUGAGAGAAAGAGAAUCUCGCAAGUUGAUGGAAAAUCGUUUUAAAUUAUUGGAGAGCACUGUUUUCAAUGAUAAAAAGGCCCCAAAAGGUGCCAUUCUCAUUAAGGCCAUUGAUGUAAUCAGUGACUUGGAUAUGCAAUCAGAAGAACUGUUCAGGGAAAAGGAACUGCUAAUGAAAAAGCAAAAGAGACUGCUAGAGGAAAUUUCACUUCUAGCGGAUACCAGGUCAGAUGCAACUGAGGAGCAAGUAGAAGACGGACAGUUCUUUGGUACGAAGAAGGCCUCGGAUGCGAGAGCCGUAACUUUUCAGAAACCUGAACCACACUGGCUUGAAAACAGUUAUCUGUCUGAUGCUGCAGUAAUAAAAAGCAACACGAUUUCUGUUUUAUCAGAGCAUCACAGUGAAGAUUGCACAGGAGGAGUUAAAUGGGAGCAAGAUGAACUAAAGGCAAAUAGUUUAGGUAAAGUCAAGAUGGCAGGAGACUUCAAAGAGCAGCAUUACCAGGAACCAAUGAAUCCUGAUGGUUAUGACCCCUCUGCAGUAAGAAGAAAGAAUUGUAAUGGCAAAGAUGAAGAUGCUCUUUUCACUGUUGGCAAAGAGUCAUCGAUUGGGAGCUCUGACUUCGGCAGUCAUUCAGAUUUUGACAUAAAUACAGAUGAAGUGAAUGAAAUUGAUGUGGAAAUACUGAGUCACUCGGAGAGCGAAAAUGUAGAUAUUGAAAUGGAAGAUGGUGAAGUAGCUGACGAAACCUCAACAGCUGAGAAAUUAUGCGCACCUCCCAGGUGGCAUUUUCACAAUUAUUCACAAUCUCCCAAAUUUGCACUGAAGAGAAAGAUCUACAAUGUGUCGGAGCUGAGGAAGAGUAGAAAGAAUCCACUGCUGCACACCAUAAGAGAGCGAGAGUGGCGCAAAUUGAUGCAGAAACGUUUCAAUGAGUUGAGAAGGCUGCUGUUUGAGGAUGAAAGGGUUUCUAAGCGUGCCAUCCUUGAUGAGGCCAUCAGUGAAAUUCAGAAUCUGUGUCAACAAGGACAAAAACUCUAUUUGGAGAAAAAGCUGCUAAUGAAAAAACACAAGGCAUUGUUAAAAAUAAUCUCGGUGCUGUCUGGAGAGAAGAAACUUAAAAAUCAGAAAAAUGAUUCUGCAGUUUGUGAGAAGAAUAGUGGAGAUUCUGAUCAUAAUGGAACGCCUGUCUCUCCAGGGCAGUCUCUAUCAUCUGUUAUGAAGGGGAACAAUGAAGAAUCCACACUGGUGCCAAUAGCUGGGACUCCUUUUCACCUUCUUCUCGAGAAAAUUGCAGUUUCCCCCCAAGGUGAGGAAAUUGGAGAACGGGACUGUAUCUCCCGGACAGAGAUGGAGACGCAUUCAGCUUUUUCAGAGGGCUAUUCACAAAUGUCAUCAUCAUCAACACAGCCAAGAGAGGAAAUGGUCAUGCAAAAGCUUCCAAAUAAAUUAGGAACAGUUUCUGGUGCAGUAUCAACAGCCAUUGAUGUAGUAUCAAGGAACUUAAAGAUUCUACAACGUGGGGAACAGCAUGUGAAUGCAAUGGACCAGAAUUUCAAAUCUACAAAAGACCUACUGCCAUCAGUUGGAGACCUUAAAAAGCCAACGCAGGGUGCUUUGUAUUGGUCAAAGUCAAUAAGCAAGGACUAUACUGCAGGCUCUCUGGAAAAGGAUCAAACAGAUUCAAGAUCAGUAGUAAAAGGGAAACUGCAGGUUAUCAGAUCAACAAAAGGACAGGACAUUCUUCAAAAACUGGCUAAGAAGGUGCAAGAGGCUGGAAUAAAACCAUGGACGUGGAAAUCAAAGCGAGAAGAUUCAGAAAAUGCCUCACAGAACUUGUUUGACAGUGAGAGCAAGACGAUGCAAUGUUUCCAAAAGGCUUCCACCUCUAUUAGCGAGAACCCCAUUACCCAGUAUGUGUAUACAGAGACAACUGAACUCCUUGUGAAGGACAAAAGCUUGCAUAAUUUUCUGCCAGGUCAAACAUUGAAGCAGAACUCACCAUCAAGCAGAGGGGCAGCAGAACACAGAGAGGCUGAGCUAGACAUGGAUUCAGAUGGUUCUACAACAGCAACAUGUGCAGUCAGAGAGCCUAAAAUAUUUAUAUCAUCUGUAGAUAUCCAUUCUGCCAAUGAAGCGAAUGCAAAUGGAGGCUACUUGCUACUGGAUUCCACACAGUAGAGUAUGAAAUGCUCCUGAGCAGAAGAGUCUGACUGUAACACAUUAUUGUCUUCUCUCUGUCCCAUUGCUGUGCUCAUGAACUUUCCAUGCCUUAAUAAAAAGACUGUCUGAGCAACAGAAGGCUAGAAAAUUUGGGCAGGUUUUGGAAUAACUGAGCCAUAACUGGGAUUAGGCUCAGCCCGAGGCAAGUUUUUGAAACUAAUUGCACAUUCUGUACCCUAUACUAAUGUUGGAUCUGAUCAAUUCAAUGUUUACACACAACCUUUUUUAAGCUGCUCGAGGAAGUCUUGCUAUGCUGCUUCCUCGGCUGAACAAGGGCCAAGUUCUCUCAUCCUCUCUCCUUGUUCUUCCCCCUUCAAGGUUGCUAUCUUUCCAGCAUCAAAUGUGAGAAUGGAAAGGAUUAGCUCUAUGAGCGAAUAAAACUGCAAGCUGUACAGCUGUUGACUUUGCUACAAUAUUAGCACUCGCAUAAUGGGGGUGGUGUGGGAAGGAAAUCAAACCAGAUUGAAAUUGUAUUGAUAUAUGUGAAGUACACAUUCCUGAAAGUUAGAAUAUCUGUCAGAAUGUUUGUAUUUAUGGAGAUAUCAACAGUAAUAAACUUUCUGCUCCGUCCCUUCCCACGUAGUUCUUGAGGCAAUCUACUUAAUUUGCAAAAAAACCAUGGGUGUUUUUUUUAUGUGAGCAGGAGGACCCAUAUUUUGCCUUAUUAGGAUAACAAAAGGUUAUUGCAGUUUGUAGGGAAUGAGUUCACUUCACAUGUUAAAACCUGAAUUUCUGAAGACGGGUCCCCACUGCAUUAAACACGCAAAUACUUGCUGUGCAUAGCUUAGAGUGGCAGUGGAUAAACCUUCAAUGUUAAAAAGUGCAUAACUUGAAGUGGAUUUUAUACUUCACAGUACAGGUUGGAACUUCAGUCCAGUUUUUAACAUAGUUUUAUGUGGAACGAAUAGAUUUUGCAGAAAAAUGUAACUUUUUUUCCUUGUAUGGGUGUUAUUUUUCACGUGCAGCACUUAGCAAUUGUCUUUGACUUCUAUUUUAAACUCCAGCUUUUCAGUCUGUAUUUUAAAACAUUUGAAAUCUUCAAUAAUGUUAACAUAGCUAAAGGGAAGGCGAGAGUCUUAAGAUAAUUUUGGUCUCAUCUGAAACAGCUGCUUGUGGGCUGUAAUUGAAAGAAUUAAGGGGCUUCAGAGAUGUUACUUAUCAGGAACUAUGUAGUACACCAUUACAUAACAUCACUUGUGCUAUCAUGGAAAUCUUGUAUUUCAUUCUGAACAGCCCUUAGGGUAAUAUAUGAACACUUUGUUCAAUGUACUUGCACUUGAUUGCGAGAUGAUUAAUUUUCUUGUAAUACUGAGUGCAAAUAUUUGAAACUCUUGGUGCCAGUGCUGGCUGAGAGCCUAUGCAGCUCCUUUUUCCACACUACUGGCUGUCUGAAACUGACUGAUCAUGGAAUACACUCUCAGUAAAAGUGGAUUUAGCAGUGGAUGAACUAUAUGGUCAUUCUGGAUAAAGAACUAAGUUGAGUCCUUAUAGUUUGUUGUUGCAUCCAUAAUUAUUUUGUGUUUGAUGACUUUAGAGGAAGUGUGCUGAUUCUUUUUCCAGCCUCUUCUGAAGUAACCAGCAGCUUGCUAUAGCAGCUCCACUGAUGUGGACUGUAGGUAUAAAAAUCCUCUUCCUUCCACUCUGGUGUACGGUGCAUGGCCUACAUGGCUUGGAUUUUUGGGGCAUAAUUUAGUGUAGAGACUUGUGCCUAGCAAAUGUAUAGACCUGUUCUAAUUAUGACUUGGGCUGUGAUGCCUCUCCUGUGCCCCUGUUUCUGGUUGUCUAGCACUUGUAAUUCAUACAAUUUGGUCUGUUUUGUACAUUUGUUCCUUAUUUGUUUGUUUUCUGUUUGUGGGUCUGCAGGUUUGUAAAGGGCUGUUUCACACUGUUGCCUCAGUGAUGGGCAAAUCCUAUAUUAGAACACCAAGACUGCCUAGAAACAACUUCAUAUAUGCAAAUUAAUGGGAACCUGGAUUUAACCUUUAUAUCUGUCCCCAAGGGUCCUUAUUGUGUAUUUUUACAGCCCACUAAAACCCACUGGAAUAUCCCUGGGGUUUUGAUGAUUUGUUUCUGUAAUUUGCCAUGUGCUCUGCUAUUAUAUCUAUUACCAGUGAUUGUGGGUGCUGGAUCAGAUAAUUGUUCCUGAUGAUAAAUCAGAAUAUUCCUUUGGAAAAAUCCAGUUUGGUUUUUCAAUUUUCCUCUGAUUCUUCUCUGUAUGGUGUACUUCACUAUAUACUGUGUACAUUUCUAGUUUCAUUGUAUAUUUUAGAUUGCUGCAUGAAGUGUGCAUUUUGACAUAUAACGGAUUUGAAGGGUCACUAAUCCGUUCUACCUCCUUAUAAUUUGGCCUUGCACUGCCAUGAGGAAAGUUCCUCAGACGUGUUUAUUCUGUUCUCACCCAUUUCUGUUUUUUUAAGUUCUGCAUGCACAGCCUUUUCUGAUAAUGUUAUUUGUUGUAUUUCAUGUUUUGUCUCGAAUCCUUUUGAAAUUAGUAGCCUGGUUUAACAAUGGUGAAUUUAAUGCAUUGAAAUUGGAGAUAUGACAGAGUUGUGGAAUAUGUAAGAGUUCAAAAAAGAAUUAAGUUGUACAUAAUAUCUCAUGUUCAGAUAGGAAGAUUGCUGCAGGAAAAGCAAAACUGGUAGAAUUCAUCUAUUCUGGGACCACUACAGUAGAAAUGUUGCGUUAAAUAGAUUUGCAUAACCAACCACAACACUACUUUAAGUCCUGGACUUCGUGUUCCCUUUGGUUGUGCAUUACACUAAGGAUAUAAUCUGUACAGUUUGAGUAUUUAGCAAUUGCUUCUAUGUCAGGACUAGUAACAAGGUUUUUGUUAGAAAAGAAAGUAAGUUAGAAACCUAACCUUAUUUUAAAAAAAGAAUUAUAUUGAUUUUUCUUAAUAUCAUUCACGAACCAUCCUCUGCCAAGUGAUCUGAGCCAUAAUCAGUUAAUGUAAUAGGAUCCAGCUUGUAACACUCGUUUGAUGUUUGAUGAAUUGGAAGAGGGUCCCACAUCUGUUUCAUGUACUGUAUUGUAGGAAGGGUGGCAACUGUUUUGGAGAGGUGCUAUAGGGCUGCAGACAUUUUUUUAUAGUAAAUCCUUUCUUUUUCCUCAAAGUAAAAAUACACAGCUGGUUACAGUUCCUGUCAUUACCAGAAAACUUCCUUGAAGCAAUAAAUAGUCCUUUCCUAAUUGAUUUGAGUUGUGGGGAAGAUGCAUUUGUUAGAAUAAAAAUGUAAAAUACCCUUCUCCCACUUUGGAAAUCUGAAUUAAUAACAAACUUUUGGAAAUGUGCAUCAGGAUCUGUAUAGGGAAAAGACAGGUUAAUCUCUCAACUCUAAUUGUUGCUGGUUGAUUUCAGCCCUGCGAAUAAAUCAAUGGGAUUUGGGGCCUCUAUCCUGAAAAUAACUAGAUUCAAUAACUGUCUCCGUCAUUGAUCUCUUAAAGGCCAGAUAGAGCUUGAAAUCAUCCUUCCUGGUCACUACUGUUCCAUCACUACAAGUUAAAAUCUCCUUUAUGUUUUUAGUGUGUUCUUGUUUUGGAAAGAUGCUCUUAAGUAUGCACCUCCAAAGGCUACUCCCACUAUCCCUCCAGCAUGCCUCAUUUUCCCCAUUAAGUGUAACCUGCUGUUGGAAGUUGCAUAGGAUGAGGAGCAGUUACAUGAACAAUUCAUGAUUGGGUAUUGGCUUUUACAACCUGCUUGAACUUGAGCGGCUUCUGGUGAAAUUUAUAGUAAAGCUGUGGUUUAAUAUUUUGGUACUGUUCAGAAGGAGAUCCACCAUGCAAAACUGUGAUCCAAGUUGAUAUUGUUUCCAUAAUAGUGUUCCGCUUUGCAGUGGCAUACUGUGUUUGUCUGUGUUUUCUGGAACUGGGAUUGGGAUAGUUACUGACCUUGUGGGCAAACGGUAUCUCGAGCACAUAGCAUGUGUCAUUCCACUUCUACACAUGUCUACUUGACAGCUUGAAUAACCAUUCACAACAUUGGAAAGCUUUCAGAAACUUGAUUUUUUUUCAAUCUGCUCCUGCUCCCUAUGGGCCUUUAGCAUUGCCAGGUUUCCAAAAUUUUACUGUUGCUUUUGCACAUCUAGGCAGCUUGGAUUUUUCUUCCUUCCAUUUGCCUUUGUUUGGAACCUCAUUGAGACUCAUGGAAUAUGCAAAGAUUGAAACCUGGCAGCUUGAGAAAACAGGGGUGCCAAGUUCAAACAGCAAAGCAAAAUGAAAUGUUCUGUGUACUGUGGCAGUCUAGUCCAGCUUCAGUAGUUAUUUAAAGAAACGUUUUUGGUUUCUUACGUUUGAAGCCUGUCUUCAACAUGUUGGACUUCACAUAUUCUGUCAGCCAGCACAGUGUAAGCAAUAAACACAUCCAUUAUGAAAGAUCUCUCUGCAGCAGUGAUUAGCCAGUGGGGAAAUUUGAGUUAGGAUAUAUUUUCAAAUUGGUUUCUCAUGAUGUGAUGAUUGUAGAUGGGAUUCAGCCUAGUCCUUAGAACAACACCCUAUCCAAAUGCCAUGCUGGCAGGGUAUAGAAUUCCAAAUGGUUGUUUAAUCCUGAGCGUAUGACUUUCAGAAUUGUCACCGAAGGAAAAUAAAGAAAAUAAAUGAUUAUAUCAGCUUGGCUGUGUUGCUAACACUCAUCUGAGUCAGAAGGUCAUAGAUUUAACAUCCAUUUUGAGACUUUGAGCCCAUCAUUUAGUCUAACCCUCCACUGCAUUAUGGAGUUGGCAAUACAUGAGGUACAAUUUGCAUAGUGAGGCAGGUGUCAGAAACCUGUGACAGUGAAGAAAUCUCGUGCUGUCCUGGCCAACGUUCUUCCAUCAACCGGAAACUGUUUAACUGACCAUUCAUUUUAUUGGAUCUUGUUUGUCCAAAAUGGCUGCUUCUGUUUGCCUACAUAACAAUCAUUGCAUUUCGAAAUAAUUGAAAGUGUGAAGCGCUUUGAGACAUUCAAGAGAUGUAAUAAGGCUCUAUAAGAAUGCGAGUUUUUUUUAUAAUUGUAACAUAAGGUAAUUAUCAGUGUAACUAAUUAAUGUGUUGCAAAGAAUUCUGUGAAAAGAAAUGGAUAUAAGCUGGGCUACAUGAAGGCUCCAAAGCAUGACUGAAUUGUUUAAUGAGGAAAAGCGGAAGUUGCUCCUUACUGUUACUUCAUAAAAGCUGUAGAAAACAUGACCUUCAUUAUUUUUAAAACACAUGGUGUGUAAAAGUGCUUGUCUGCAUAAUGGAAAUUUUUCUUUCACGUUGUAGUUCAUCGUGACUAUGGAAUGAAUAUCUUGCUUUUUUUUAAAAAUAGCAAAUAUUGAUUUGCUAAUGAAUUUAUCUGAACCUGUUUGUAAAGUAAAACCAGUGUUAUUUGUAUUUUUAAUACUUUUCAAUGAAAGGUGCAUCACCUAACAAUCGGUGAGAAUUAUUUUUAGUAUGAAUACUCUGUAAAUACAGCAAACUGUUGUAAUUAAAAAGCUUGUUUGCUGCAAA